ACAGCAUUUCACAUCACAACAGACUUGUGGUUUUAAUCCGUUUUUCUGCCUCCGAAGUUACCUCGGCCUGUAAUGUCCUUUUCUCCCAGUCAGCCUGGCAAACUGUUAUUCAUAGUUCAAGAUUCAGCCUAGAAGUCCUUUCUCUGGGAAACUUUACUUUCCUGCUUGCCCACUGGCCUCCCCACCUUGCUUUUCUACACAGUGUAGUGAGCUUUGUAGUUUUAUUAAUUGUAGGCAUGGAUCUGUGGUGAUAAGUUAUUUACUGCUUCACCAGGCCUAUCAGCCCCCUGAGGACUGGGGCCAGAGCGGAUGCCCAGCGAAAAUCGGUGGCACGCAGCAGGACCUACACGUUCAAGCCCGGAACCAAAGGACCGGUAGUUUGUGUUCCCGACCGCCGCAGCCAGCGGAGCCGCCUCGGGUCAUGUGACGCGCCGAUGGUCACGCGAGCGCCUCUCACCUGACCAGGGGCUCACGUGGCCCACCCCAGUAGGGGAGAAGAGAUCGGCGGGCAAUGGCUGUCUCCACACUUUGGUUUCCGCUGCUGCUGGCAGCAGCGACCGCUGGCCCGGUGACGGCCCUAUGGCCUUGGCCCCAGUACAUCCAAACCUCUGACCAGCGGUACGCCCUUUGGCCGAAGAACUUCGACUUCCAGUACCACGCCGGUUCUGCCGCGCAGCCCGGCUGCUCCGUCCUCGACCAGGCUUUCCAACGCUAUCGUCACCUGUUCUUCCACACCGUGUCUGACUCCCUCACUGGCCGCACAGAAAAACAAUAUAAGGCAGAGAAGAAUACAUUGACUGUCUUUGUGGCCACCCCCGGAUGUCACCAGCUUCCUAGUUUGGAGUCAGUGGAGAAUUACACCCUGACCAUAAACGAUGAGCAGUGUUUCCUCCUCUCUGAGACUGUCUGGGGAGCUCUCCGAGGUUUGGAGACUUUUAGCCAGCUUAUUUGGAGAUCUGCUGAUGGCACGUUCUUUAUCAACAAGACGGACAUUGUGGACUUCCCCCGCUUCCCUCACCGGGGCUUGCUGUUGGAUACGUCUCGCCAUUACCUGCCACUGUCUAGGAUCCUGGAUACUCUGGAUGUCAUGGCCUACAAUAAAUUCAACGUGUUCCACUGGCAUCUGGUAGAUGACCCUUCCUUUCCGUAUGACAGCGUCACUUUUCCCAAGCUAGCCAGAAAGGGCUCCUACAACCCUGCCACCCACAUCUACACAGUGCAGGAUGUGAAGGAGGUGAUUGAAUAUGCACGGCUCCGGGGUAUCCGUGUGGUGCCAGAGUUCGACACUCCGGGCCACACUUUGUCUUGGGGAGCAGGUGUCCCUGGAUUGUUGACUCCUUGCUACUCUGGCUCUGAACCCUCUGGGACCUUUGGACCAGUGAAUCCCAUUCUCAACAGUACCUAUGAGUUCAUGAGCACAUUCUUUUUGGAGAUCAGCUCUGUCUUCCCAGAUUUUUAUCUUCACCUUGGAGGAGAUGAGGUUGAUUUCUCCUGCUGGAAGUCCAAUCCAGAUGUCCAGGCCUUUAUGAAGAAGAAAGGCUUUGGUGAUGACUUCAAGCAGCUGGAGUCCUUCUACAUCCAGAUGCUGCUGAACAUUGUCUCUGCCUAUGGCAAGGGCUACAUGGUGUGGCAGGAGGUAUUUGAUAAUAAAGUCAAGGUUCAGCCAGACACGAUCAUACAAGUAUGGCGAGAAGAAGCACCAGUAACCUAUUUGAAGGAGCUGGAACUGAUCACCCAGGCCGGCUUCCGGGCCCUGCUGUCUGCCCCCUGGUACCUGAAUCGCAUAACUUAUGGCCCUGACUGGAAGGAGGUCUACAUGGUGGAGCCUCUGGCAUUUGACGGUAGCCCUGAGCAGAAGGCUCUGGUGAUUGGUGGAGAGGCCUGCAUGUGGGGCGAGUAUGUGGACAGCACAAACCUGGUACCCAGGCUCUGGCCCAGAGCAGGGGCUGUUGCCGAGAGGCUGUGGAGUAACAGCCGUGUGACCGACUUGGAAUUUGCCUUCACACGUUUGACAAACUUCCGUUGUGAACUGCUGAGGCGAGGUGUCCAGGCCCAGCCCCUCAGCGUAGGCUAUUGUGAACAGGAGUUUGAAGAGACUUGAGCAAGCAGCCCCAGGUACUGAGGAGGGUGCUGGCCCUAGGAGAGUGGCAGUGGGGCCAGGCUGGCCAGGCUUCCACGCAUCCCGGCCGGGGGAUGGAGCCCCUUGCCCAGUGUGCCCGGUGCCUGGAGAGAAAGCGGCUGGUACUGGUGCUGGUGUCCAAUAAAGAGUAAUGUGGCACUUUUCUAUAAU